AGGGGCGUGGCUUAUUCCUCUCAUGCAGACAGAGAAAAAAAAAAGCUGUGACAUCUUGUCCACAACAGACUCAGAACUGUGGACAACAGUAAAAGAAAACUCUCUGAACUACAGAACUUCCUGCACAACAAACAGGUUUGGGGCCCUGCGAAAACAACAUUAGGGGAAGGUCCCUAAAUUCUUCGAUCUGAUUAUAACUGCCUUGGACCAGCUGCCAGUGUUUGCGUACGAUUGCAGAGAUUUCAUGGAAGAAAUAAUUGUAGGUAGUAAUAAAAGUUAAAAUGGAUAGAGUUAAUCUUAUUCAAGUGAUCCUAAAUACAUGUAAUAUAGCUUUCAAUGAAAACGACACGUUCGUUCGGCAGUUCUGUAAUCCAAGAAGUCGAAGUUUACUCACAAAGUUUCAUAUUAUAGAAAAUACAUCAAUAACUUUAUACGUCAUCAUUUUUGCUCUUGGGAUUAUCGGUAAUGGAUUGGUCAUCUGGAUUGCCGGAUUCAGGAUGAAGAAGACGAUCAGUGCCACCUGGUUCCUCAACCUGGCCAUUGCAGACUUCCUAUGCUGUUUUUCUCUUAUUCUGAGAAUUCUAGAUAUUUCAUUAGAUGACGGUAUUUCUUGCGUAUCAAAUACUAUUCUUUUCCUUCUAAACAUGAGCGCCAGUGUUCUUCUCCUGACGGCCAUGAGUAUUGACCGCUGUGUAUCCGUCAUGUGGCCAUUUUGGGCUAAAAUUCAUAGGACAUGUAAACUAGUGAGGAUCAGUGCGGCCAUCAUCUGGGUGUUGAGUGUUCUCUGGACUGUUUUCGUGUUCAUGUAUUAUAUUUGUAAUGAUAUGGACCCUACAGAAUGGUGUGUCUCUCUAUGGAGGGUUAUGUAUCAUGUUCACUAUGAUACAUAUCGGACCAUUCAGCUGAUCCGGUUAUUUAUAAUGUUUGUGAUCCCUUUUCUCAUCAUCUUGAUCAGUUAUGUCAUCAUUUACUUCAAACUUAAAAACACUAAGAGAUCCCGGAGAUCCCAGAGGCCGUACAGGAUCAUCACCGCCAUAAUAUUGUGUUUCUUUCUCUGCUGGUUCCCAUAUUAUAUCUGGCCACUGACUCCCAUGUAUUCUGAAAUGAGCCAUAGAGCCUUUAUUUUUGAUAUUAUUGUUGUUAAUCUCGCUUGUUUUAACAGUUGUAUCAAUCCAAUUAUUUAUGUAUUUAUGAGUCAAGACAUUAAACCUGGAUUCUUUAGAUCUAUCCCCUCCAGGAUAAAUGAAGCCUUAAAUGACCAACCCAAUGACCUGAGCAGAGAAGGAGAGAAUGAUCAUCAUGGUUAACACUGUA